AUGUUAGCCAUUACAACUAAAAUCAUUGAAAAAUACAAUCUUAGCUCUAAGAUGGGUAUAUCCGAUUUCAGUCAAUAUACCUCAGAAUUUCUUGAAAACCUUACUGAUGAUAAGAAGCAGAAUCAGGCUCGCAGACGCCUUCAGGAUGGUUUAAAAUUUAGCAGUGAACAGGUAGGUGUAUUGAUACCUAAUCAGAGAAGUAGAAAAAAUAAAACUAUAAAUUUAGUUGAAGGUAAUUGUAAAAUAGCAAUAACCAAGCCCCAAAAAAGUUUAGAAGAAGAGAUCGUCAAAGAGAAAGCAAAACAAAUCUUGCAAAAUAGAUAUGGGUUUAGUGAAGAUCAAGUAAAUGCCUUAUUCACAAUCCUGAAAAAUGAAAGUAGACACAGUGUAACUACCUCAGAUAAAAAUGUAAAUAUUGUAAUCGCCAAUCAACUUUCUAAAGGAAUGGAGGAAGAAACAAUUAGAGAUAUGGCACAACAGAUUUUACAGGAUAAACUUAGCAUUAGAAAUGUAAGAGCUAAAGCUUAUGCCUUAGCCCUAUUAGCAAAAAAUGCUAAUGCUGGCUCAUCACGUCUCACUUGUCUUUGUAGAGAAUUAAAGAACCUUAAUGCAUCACUUGAGAUAAUUGAGAUUACAAAAUUUCCAGAUAUUACAGAAGAUGCCAACAAAAUCCAGAGUAUCAAUCAGAAAAAAACUGAAGCUAAACAUAUCAAUUAUUCAGAUGAAUUUAUAUUAGAAUCAGUCAAAGAAAAAUUAGAUACAUACAAUAUUAAAACUUUAUCUGAUUAUCAGGCUCUUGCUGAUGUUAUGAUGAUGCUUUGUAUUCGUCCUGCUGAACUUAAACUUUACGCAUUACAGAUACUGAAGUGA